UGAAAAAUACCAUGUCCACCUGUAUGUAUAUUAUAAAGUGCUUACUAAUUUCGCCCCGCCCGAGAGAAUUUGUAUUAUCUUUUUCACCGUGAAGGAAAAAGCUUGGUUGUGAUGUAUUAACUGUAGUUGAUGCAGCAGUUUACGCUUUUAUCCCCAGUGAGACUAGGGGCGAUUGUUUAAUGCUUUGUAAUGACGAUAAAGGGAGGACAGUGAAGUGCAAAGCGUCACUAUUUGGUUAUGUUGAUUUGCUUACCCGUUGUGAAGCGAUAACUUUUCUAAAGGACGAUAAGGGACAAGAAGAACGUUUGUUGUGAUCUAAAGUAUCGCUACUCCAGAUCGUAGAAUGGGCAGUUUUAUCGUAUUCCUUAAUACUCCUGAUUCAUGUUACCACAUGUUAGGGAAUGUUUAUGUGGGCAUGAAAUAAAAGGCGGUAGAAAGUAUUCACUCAGCUGUGUGUAUUCAGAAUCGUUUGAGUAUUCGUAUACAGUAGUUCACUCAGCUGCGUAGACCUACAAAUUUUGUGUAGACAAAUUUCUAUGUAGUUUUGUGGCACAGCAGUGGGUGUGGAUGUUAUUAAAUUCUUUUUUUAAAAAAAGCAUAAUCCAAGAUUCAGAUUUAGAUGUGAGCCUCUCAGUUUAUAGUUUACACCAAGAUAUUCCCAAAUUAAAUCUAUAAACACAAAACUUGCAAAAGAUUGAAAGAUCCUUUUGUAUCCUUUUCCUCAUCUGUGAAGUUGGGGUUGUCUGUGGGGCUUAGAACUGCAAAGAUGGAGGGCAAAAAACGUGUUUGGAUAAAAAAAGAGGAAGCAAAUGACAUGAGUGCGGCAGCAUCCGUGUUUCCUCAAGAUCCAUUAUCAGUUCACAACCCCUGUCUUGAUAAAAAGGAAGAACCAGAUCUACACUUGGAUAUGGAUGACUCUGAGCAUCAUUAUCUUGAAGAUCCAUCGGUAAUCUCGAGGUCCACUGAAUCUAUCAAGGAGGAUCCAUCACUAAAUUUGGAAGCAGAAGAAACUGAUAAUUCUACAGACACACACCUCAAGCAGUUCGAGCUGGACCAGCUGGAGGGUGCCAUGAAACUCGAAGAGGGUGUGGUUGUCGAGACACCGCCUCCGCAACAGAAGCACCCCCUGCUGUCGAUGCUGCUGCUUCAGCCAUCACCAACACGUCACCAACCGACGCCACUGGGUGAGGAUGCACAAUUACUGCACAGCCCAGGCCAGCGGCAAACCAGUGUGCUUCUCGAAGCAGUGCCACAGCAUGAUACAGAACCAGGGUUGGUGGGGCUGCAACACCCGGGCACACCACCCAACACACAGUCAGUGUGCAUGUCACCCCCGCACGUCUCGGGCGCUGCCACUGUAGCCUCUGCCACCGUGCUCUCUGAUGAUGUGGAGUGGUUCCCACAGUCAGCUAUGCACUGUCUGGUGCCAGAGCAGCUGGACCUGCGGCCCAACUGCACAGCGGACAAUAUGAUUGAGCCACAGGACGUGCCUGUGCUGGCCUCUGCCAGUGGGGUACUGGGGGCCACGUCUGCCUCCAGGGGCGACUGCUGCGGACUGCCGACUGAGCAUGCACCACACAACCAGCACCGCGGCGAGGAGAAAGUGCCAGUGCGGCAGAUGUGUGAUGGCUCCAUCUCACCCACAGUACAACAAUACCACAACCAGCACCACCAUGAGCUGGUGUCGCUGCUGUCGCGGCAGAAUCCCGCAUCAGAUUCCUCCUCCUCCUCCAGGGACAUCCUCAAUGAUGAGGCAUUAAUGUCACUGUCAGCGCUUGAGCUCAACAAGAAGCUGCACGGCUACCCACGUGAAGAAGUGGUCAGAAUCAAGCAGAAGCGGCGCGCACUCAAGAACCGUAGCUACUCACAGAAAUGCCGCAGCAAGUGGCUGCAGCAGCGCCAGGAGCUCAGGGGCACUAACCGCGCACUCGUUGCUGAGCUCAGGCGCCUCAGGGGGGAGCUGCUGCGCAUCACACAGCAGCGCGACCUGUACAAACAAUACCUCGAACAGCAGAUGCACGAUACUGUCUCUGCACCACCUCCGUGCCAUGACACUGCCUCCGCCACCUCGCCUACCGCUGCCAACUUAGACACGUGUGAUGUUAGCAUGAGGUGUGAGCUGCCUGAUCCUGAAGUGCCACCACCAUGACAGUACCAUCCAACACUCUCUGUUAGCAGUGCAGGACACAGUAAAACAUGGACUCUGGAAUAUGGCACCUAUCUCUCUGUAGCCUGCCCUGACAUUCCCCCCUUACGGAAGGCAUGAGUGGACACGAUCAGGUCACCCCUCAUUUCUGUCACUUCCCUGUCUACUACCACACAAUUCAUGCACCAACCUUUGUUGUGCGCCAACUGGUUGGAACUCAAGAUCUAGCUCAAAACAACAAGGGAUCGUACUGUACCAAUGUCGCGAUGUAUGGCUUUCUGCCACUCAAAAUUGCUUGAGCGAACCAUUCAACCUAUACAGCAAGAAUUAGGUACAGUUUUUGUAUUGACAGUUGGUAUUAUGACUGUGGAUCACUAUCUGAUCACAGAAGAUUCCAAUAGUAGCCAAGCGCGUGGCAAACACUUGAAGCCUAGCUUAUACAGUAGUUGCACUCUUAGACAACGAAUUGAGGACAGAUCAACCCUUUCAUGAUUAGCAACUGCAACGAUAAUAAACACUGAUGAGACAGCUUACUCAAAUGCUAGAUAAUAACAAAUAGCAUUUUCACUUUAUUCAGAAUUUGAGGUCAUACAGCAAUGCUACUACACCACAAAUAGAUACCACCAAAAUAUCCAAAUGACACUGACAGUCACUAUCUACCAGCAAUGAUGAGACUAGUAGAAUACAGCAACAACACCUGUUAUCUCCAUAUCGUCCAAAACAAGACACCAAAAUUAUUUCAAUACAUUACCUGUUUAUAUUAUGUCAAGCUAAAUCGUAAAUCCAGCUUGCAAUUGUCCUCACAAACAACAACUUCCUUCCAGUGCAGAACAAUCUCUCUUUUAAUAACUUUUAACGUUCAUCUCGGGUAUUAAGUGAGUGCAAAGGCUGAUUCAUAUUAAACUUGUAUUUAGACAAUGUUUAUACCGGUAUAAAGAUAACUGAAGUGAUUGUUCUAUUUCUUUGUGUGUAGUCUAUCAUUGCUACAUAAAUAAUGAUACGUAAUGAAUUCCACAGAUUAACCACCACACCUCUGUGAGUAUGAUUGCUGACUUUUCAUAACAACUUCAGCUAACUUCAGUUCUGAUUUGUACUCACUUAGAACUUUUCUUACUUAAAUGUAAUCUUGUUAGCUUUUAUUAGUAUCGGACUCUUGUGUAGUUUGCGUAUACCAAUGCAAUUAAGUGAUUUUCACUGAAACCAAAGCUUCCUAAUACCAACUCGAGAUUAUGUUCCGCAGGAAGCUAGUAAUAUCUCUGAAACUUAAAUCUUUGCUUUCAUCGGACUGCAAGAGUUUCUACUGAUUCACCUUUACGUAAUAAAACUGUUUUCAGAAAUCGUUCAUCAUUCAAUUUCAAACAAAAUAAGUUUCCCUUUGACUUUGAAAUUAAAUAUCCUUCAAACACAUCACUUUUAGAUUGACACUUAAACUUGCAGUUACAACACAAUGAAUUACAUGCAACAGCCACUAAGGGCACAGCCUCAUAAAGAUUUCUUUCGACCUAAGAAAAACUUGUCUUUAUUUGGGCUAGAUAUCUCGAUACAAGUUCAAAUCUCGUAAGUGAAUGAGUGACAGCAAAGACUACACACCCUCCACAGAAACUGAAAUUCAGGAACAAACAAAAAUAUAAACAGAAAACCUAGGUGCCACCACCUCUUUUGCCUUAACCUUAAUUAACAAUUCAUAUAAAACUGAGCCUCUUAAGGUGUUAACAUGACACGACCUGCUGAAGUUCCCUAAAUUAAAUCAGGCCACUCGUCACUUCUACUAACCAAGUUUUUUUGUUUAGUUACAUGUUGCUUGUUAAUGGUUUCUUGCUAUUCCCGUUGCUUACCAACUCAACCUACUGGUGCAUUCUCUCAUAUCUAGAUGAAACAAUUCGAAUAUACACAAGCCAAUUCUAGAUCCGCUGUAUGAUAAGUGGGUUCGAGGCUUUCCCUUCUCAGUACACACCAGUCACUACCAAACCACCCCUAAAAACAGCUAGCAGCCCAAUUACCUCUGGACGAGCCGGACAGAAUAUCAGGCUCUACCAAUUCCCUAAAAAUUAUCAAGUGCAAAUCUCUCUCUCUCUAACACGGCUCACACUGUAUUUAUCACAGCAAAAUAACCACUCCUUCCUCCCAAACAGUCCACAGGAUGACACUCAAUUGGCCACAUAGAAACAUAAUUUCACCAAACCAGUGUAUAAUUCGCGACUACCUCAAAGUCCCGGAACCUACAUAUAUUGCGUAGCUUGGCCUUGGGAGGAAAACUACAGUCGCAGCUACGUCUAUCAACAGGGGUACUACCCAGAGGUUAACUUCAUCGGUAAGAGGUCUACUGGGGAACUAUUUUCUGAUGUCAUACAAUGGGAACCAUAUGCAUGAACAAACAUGCAAUGCCACACCAACUUUUGACAGUUAAAUUAUUAUUCCUUUUGGCUGUCAGGUAACGUUGAUAGCAGCCGUCUGCAUCAUGUUGCUGAUGCAGCAUCUCUGGAAUCAGCAAUGGCGAGUUGUUACAUCACUGAAACUGCAUGCGUUCACCACCUGUUUUCUCUGCAGUUCGCUUGUGUCGUCUAGAACAUGUUUUAUCGCCUUUUAAUACAUCAUACACAUAUGAUUAUUGUAUUCACCAGGUGUUAUUGGCCAUUUACUGGAUCGGAUGCACAGCAAUUGUGAUGGCAAAUGAAAUCUGUGCUUUUGACGCAGCACACCCUCUCUGUCUAUGUAAGCAAUAGUUUUUCGUCCCUCUAAAACUAUAGUUUUGGUCAGCCAUGACAUCAAAGUGAUUGAUGAGAAUCCCUUGGGGCUAUUAAUUAGUAGCUGCUUGAGCUGAGGUCUGCAUUUCUACACACAAUGCUUCAGAAUCAGACUUAGCCAUCAUCUCAAGGUGACAGUCUUGUUAGAGUCCAGGCAACGAGAAAAUGUGGCCAGUCCUUGCACCACCCGAUGAAGAUAGCUAGUACUGUUGUUGCAACACUGUAUGCUGAACGUGGGGUUGUCAGAUUGGAUGAGUCUUAAAAAACAUACCACCUACUUAUUAUGAUUCACAGUAUCCAUGAGCUGUAAACUCGUAAUCUUUUUCUCUGGGCCUCAGCUCGGCAUGACUUCCUCUCUUCCCUCUCCUGAUUGGUCUCGAACUUUGUUCUACUGUCAUACGAUACCUGCCUUGACCAUCCUGAUGGCUGAUGGUCUGUUCAACCCCAGAGGCCAUGCAGUUGUACUCCAUACAUUGGAAUAGGUUGAAAAUAUUUUGAAACUUAAUUUUUCAUUUCCAAUGCUUGCUUGGGAUUCUCAGUCUUGUGUAAGGUUAUAACAUUACCAUUCUACAUCUGGAUAAAUGGUAAUGAUAUGGAUGUGUGUGGACAAGUGGUUGUCUGGUGAAGGUGGAGCAGAGAUGCAGAAGAUGUAGGCAGCCAAUGCUUGAUGAAACAAUUUAUUGAUUUGUAGGAAACGUGUAGAAACUAUGUGCCCAUUGACACACUAGUGUCAGCACUUCUCAUCUGUGAGGCUUUGCUGUGGCUUUGCUAGCAGUGUAUUCCGAGCUGCCUCACACUGCUGAGUCGGGCAUUGGCGCCUCAGCCACUGUGGCUGUGUGUGGAGUGAUCCCACGUUCAGCAUCAGUGAUAGUCAGUAGUGUCGCCCAGGAUCAGAUCCCUAACUGAUGGAGGAGAGUGCUGACUGGCAUCGGUGGACGCCAAUGUCUCAGACUUUGUGGAGAACCUCAGUUCAACCCUCAGCCUGCCCAAUUUGCCACUAGACCGAUGGCCUGUGGUCUGCUCGAGAUGGUGGCAGAAAGUUGGCAGCCUGACUGCAGAAACUGAUACACAGUGGUAGACAACUCAAUGUUCUGACAAUGUUCCAGUAAUCUGCCUAGUUGGAUUGGGCCAAAUUCUGAUGGGCUCCUAGUGACAGUUACAGCUGGCUGGCAGUGGUGGCUUAGUUGCAUAGUACAAAACCAGUAAGCUGUUACAAGUAGCCCACUUACAGCAUGAUGAUUUGUCCUACUUCUCCUGUGCCACUUCAGUCUCUCCUCCUUGGAAAAAUCCAAACCACCAGACUCCCAAAUUGCACUUUUCAUGUUCCCCACCAAUCUGGUGUAAAAACUCUAGGUUAGCUGCUGCCUGCCUGUACUCUUUAUUUCCCUUUUCAUAUGUACACUAUUUACAACAUUUCACAUUCCUGAAACUCACUAUCUUGGUCCUUGGUUCCUGAUUUUUAUACCAUUUCACUUCAACUUUUAAAGGCCAUGCUGUUUCUUCAUUCAUUCUGAAUGAUUAAUGUGGACCCACAGGCUGAAGGAUGGUGAGGGUAAAAUCUGUGCAACCCUACACUCGAGGUAGUAAUAAACAAGGCCUACAAUCACCAAGUUUAUGAAUGUAACCAAUGUGAUAAUUCAUACUGAAUGGAAUUGGUGCCAAUGUUAGGUACGGUAUUUUUUCACAUGAAUAACAAGAUGUUCCAUUGAUAUACAGCCAUUUUAAGCUACCAGCUUCUGGUCCAGGGAGGCUAGAAGGGUCGAGUCAAAGGUGUCAUUUUCAAUAGGUCAGUUUUUCCUUAGGCAAAACAUGUAAAGGUAUGUCCAAUAAGUAAAGGAGAAAGUAGGUUCAGGGUUGUGGUUCUGGUGAUGGUCAUGGGUGACUGGAAUAUAGCAUUAGAAAUAUCACAACAGUGCUAUUGAUCAACAAACUUUAUCUCUGCAGCUCUAAAUGUUAUGUGCUGCUUAAGUAAACUUGGUGACAAUUAUUGUAUCUGCUACUGAAAAGAGCCAGUGUGACCUAACAUUUUGAAAGAAUUCAGUCUUUCUUACAAUCACCUUCUUAGGACACACUUAUGUAGACUCCUCAAAGUGGAACAAGCUGAGCUCACAUUACCCAGGUACCAUACAUAUUAGCUUUGUGAGGCAGACUGACUCACUCAGCCCAUCACUGUGAAUUGUGAAUUGUGGUUUGUUAGUCUCAUAACAUACAUAAUCUAAAUGAUUUGAUUCAGGUACAGGAGACACGUCAAAAUUUUGGUAAAUUUUUACCAUAUACAUACAACACCUGAUUU